AUGCGGUUCAAAAACUUCUAUCUCUGUUUCUCGUUUUCUCCUGAGUUCUGCCCUCUUUACGAUUUCCCAAUUUCUGUCUGCAAAAAAGUGUUCAUCUUCAUGGCCGGAAAAGGAAGGAAAAAGUUGGAUAAUAAAUUGAUAGAGAAGGCCGAAGCACGAAUGGUUUGCUUUUCAAAGCGUCGUAAAGGACUGUUUAAGAAGGCGGAGGAGCUCUCGAUUUUAUCCGGAGCCAAAAUCGGGAUCCUCACUUUCUCUCAAGCUGGGAAGCUUUAUUGCUCUGACGCUGAAAUUAUGAAUUCUCUCCUUUGUUCUCAAGUUGAUAUCCCACAAGAGAAAGAGAUCGAAGUUGAUUGGGAAUCUGCUUUUGCUGAAGACAUGACAGCCGAUGCCCACUUCUACUCUCAAUUUGAUUCAUACCCAGAAAAAGAUGUAGAAGAAGAUGCUUUGAAUUCUGCUUCUGUCGAAGCCAUGGUUGAAGAGCUCUAUUGCUCCAACACCAUAGCCGACUCCCUCCUCCGCCGUGAGUUUGAAAUCUCCCGGGAGAAAGAG